GCGACAGUUUUAAAUGAAAAAAUUAGGAUGAAGACUGCAAUUUUCUUAUUCGAGCUUGUGCUCGUUGUCGCAAUUAUCAUCCCGACUAAUGGAGGACCUAUUGCCGAAGCAAGUGCCGAGGCUAAACCUGAAACAACUGCCGAGGAUAAUCCUGAAGCAACUGUAGAGGCUAGUUCUGAAGCAGUUGCCAAAGCUAAUUCUAAACCAUUUGCUGAUCCUGAAGCAUUCGCCAAGGCCAUGGCCAAUGCAUAA